CCGUUAUUUUUCUGGACGGCGAGCGCCGGCGGUGGAGCGUGUGGAUGAGGUGCGGCCCAUGUCCACUCAUCCCAAGCUCCCCCCAUGUCUCCCAUCCACCACCGCUCGCUUUGCAAAAGCACACGUCUCUCGCCGUCUCGCGUACUACUAGGCCUGCGUGCGCCGUAGCCCCACGUACUCCACAUCAUUUGAGCCCGGAAAGAUCCGGGACGCGACAAAAAAACUCACGACCCAGAGGGCUCUUCUUUCUCUUGUGGCCCGCUAUAAGUAGGGCGGUGUGUGGCGACAUUCGCGAGACGUUCGUACGUAACGUGACCGAGCGCGCCGGACGCCGUCGUCGUUAAUUAAUCAGCCAUGGAUCCCUACAAGCACCGCCCGUCGAGCUCGUUCAACGGCCCGCUGUGGAGCACCAACUCCGGCGCCCCCGUAUGGAACAACAACAACUCGCUCACCGUCGGCUCCCGAGGCCCGAUCCUUCUGGAGGACUACCACCUGGUUGAGAAGCUGGCCAACUUCGACAGGGAGCGUAUCCCGGAGCGCGUGGUGCACGCCCGCGGCGCCAGCGCCAAGGGCUUCUUCGAGGUCACCCACGACAUCACCCACCUCACCUGCGCCGACUUCCUCCGCGCCCCGGGCGUCCAGACCCCGGUCAUCGUCCGCUUCUCCACCGUCAUCCACGAGCGCGGCAGCCCGGAGACCCUCCGCGACCCGCGUGGCUUCGCCAUCAAGUUCUACACCCGGGAGGGCAACUGGGACCUCGUCGGCAACAACUUCCCCGUCUUCUUCAUCCGCGACGGCAUGAAGUUCCCGGACAUGGUGCACUCGCUCAAGCCCAACCCCAAGUCGCACGUCCAGGAGAACUGGCGCAUCCUCGACUUCUUCUCCCACCACCCGGAGAGCCUCCACAUGUUCACCUUCCUCUUCGAUGACAUCGGCAUCCCCGCCGACUACCGCCACAUGGACGGCUCCGGCGUCAACACCUACACGCUCGUCAACCGCGCCGGCAAGUCGCACUACGUCAAGUUCCACUGGAAGCCCACCUGCGGCGUCAAGUCGCUGCUCGACGACGAGGCCGUCACCGUCGGCGGGACCAACCACAGCCACGCCACGCAGGACCUCUACGACUCCAUCGCCGCCGGCAACUUCCCGGAGUGGAAGCUGUUCAUCCAGACCAUCGACCCCGACCACGAGGACCGCUUCGACUUCGACCCGCUCGACGUCACCAAGACGUGGCCCGAGGACAUCGUCCCGCUGCAGCCCGUGGGGAGGAUGGUGCUCAACCGCAACAUCGACAACUUCUUCUCGGAGAACGAGCAGCUGGCGUUCUGCCCCGGGAUCAUCGUGCCGGGGAUCUACUACUCCGACGACAAGCUGCUGCAGACGAGGAUCUUCUCCUACUCCGACACGCAGCGCCACCGCCUCGGACCAAACUACCUGCUGCUCCCGCCCAACGCGCCCAAGUGCGCCCACCACAACAACCACUACGACGGCUUCAUGAACUUCAUGCACCGCGACGAGGAGGUCGACUACUUCCCAUCCCGCUACGAUCCUGCCAAGCACGCCCCCCGCUACCCCAUCCCCUCCGCCACCCUCACCGGCCGCCGCGAGAAGGUGGUGAUUGCCAAGGAGAACAACUUCAAGCAGCCAGGGGAGAGGUACCGUUCAUGGGAUCCGGCAAGGCAAGACCGGUUCAUCAAGAGAUGGAUCGACGCACUCUCUGACCCUCGCCUCACCCACGAGAUCAGGAGCAUCUGGCUCUCCUACUGGUCUCAGGCUGACAGGUCUCUGGGUCAGAAACUGGCGAGCCGUCUCAGCGCGAAGCCGAGCAUGUAAGGAGAUCGAUCAGCGUUGCAAUCUGCUUCAGUCACGGAAGGCCUCAGCCUCACUCUAUCGGAUAAUAAUUGCUACUCAUACUCUAGCAAUACCGAUCGAUCGAGUCUAUUUUGGAAAGAGGACAUAUAUGAUUUCUAUCACCGCACAAUUCGUGUACCACCAUCAUGUAAUAAUCUGUAACCUGAAGACACGUUUCUCCUGAUACUUCAUCAUUAUUGUAAGCACACCUUUUAUCAAUAAUUUAUAUACAGUAAAUUAAUUAUUUAAUUAUAA